AUGGCAUCACAUAAUUAUCAUCGGUUUGAAGCACAUUGUUAUGAGACAGCAUCCAGCUUUCAAACUGUCUGGCAUCCUCUCACGCAAGAAACCAACAUCAGUAAGGAUUGGCCUAUAACAGCUAGUGUGGUCACUGGUUGUGAAAUUCAUCUAUGUACCUCUAGUUUUAUUUAUACUGGAUAGCUCUAUCAGUUCUGAACUGUUCUUUCCAGAGGUCCAGUAAGGGACGACCCUUAUUGAUCUGGCGUCAGACAAGUAAAAUUAUAAUAAAAUAUUCGACUGGAGUCAAGUACUUUAUUAUUUUACUCAGUCUAAUGCCAGACGAUUUUAGCAAGAUUUUAUUAGCUGCCACUCAAUGGGUUAAUGAGCCAUGCGAAUGAUGAAAUAAAUCUUAUAGGAUCCCGGGGGAACUCCCAUAAGAAUGGGUCAAAAUAGGGAUAUGUUUCCUAUAAGAUUUCUUAUAAAAAUUCCUGUAGUAAAUUUCCAGUUCCUAUAAGAUCUAUUUUGUAUUGGCUCCUCCCUAGCCUAUUAUUUUUCUGCUUUAGAACAAAUGCGGAACAUCACAACACGUCAUCUCUAUUUCCUAAGCAGAAUUCUUCAGGAUAGCUUGCUCACACGAAGGUUGAACCAAGGCAUCGCAGCUCUGAUAGGGCUGAGUGGGAGAUGUGAAAAAGUUGUAGAAUUAUUUUGCUUGGUAUGUUUCCUGGCCAGUGACUUGUUGGUGUUAGGAUGGUCAUGCAGGGCUAUAGGUUAGGAGUAGAGUUAUGAUGGGGCUUAGAGUUAGGUUGUUAGGUUAGGUUUAUAAUAUAGGAUUACACAUUAGUGUAAUAGGGUUAAGAUCAGAUCUCAGUUAGUUCAGCCACAAACCAGAGCACCACAUAACCGUUAUUAUAUAGCCUAGUGUAUAUACUAGAGGUGUGCAUCGGAUCAGAUUGGACAUUUAUAAUCCGACAAUUGGCUAAUGUUUAAAAUCCAGUCCAAUCCGGAUUUAGGGUUUGGAUUAGGAUUAAGAUUAGGAUUAAGAUUAGGAUUAAGAUUAGGAUUAAGAUUAGGGUUAGGAUUAGAGUAAGGGUUCGGAUUAAGUUUAACUUACAAAAGAAUACAAAAUUACAAAAGUCUAAAAAUAGUAACUCUUCCUAAAACGUGACAGGUAUAAAUAUUAACUAAAGUUUUUUUGUGGAAGGACAUUUUUUAAACAUAAUUAUCCUAUUUUAUCUGUAGGCUGGUUUGGAGAUCUUAAAAAGUAUUCCUCACAAUCACAUGCUAGUGCUGAAGUUCUACAAAAACAUGUUUCUUGCGUGUGCCGACCAUCAAACAGAAAUACUUUUAAAUUUUGCUCUCUAUCUAGUUCUACGACAACGCAAUGUUGUUGAAGCGUUAGAACUCUUGAAAUCAAAGUCAAACAAACUUCAGUUUAACCAAAGUCUCAUGCACAAAGCUUAUAUUGGGUUGUUUGAAUAUUUACUGCAUCAACCAACGAAAACUGAACCUACAAGGUUCCAAGGUAUAUUGCAAUUUUUUCCGCAGUGGGAGAAACAUUUUUUAAAUUUUAAAGUUCUUGUUUUGGAUUCACGUAGUAUAUAACAAAUAUGGGGCUAUUGUUCUACCAGGUUGCCGUGUGGGAGUCGGACAAGAGUUAAAUAGCAUUAUUAGUUUUUAAAGAUCUUUUAAAAGAUGAAAGUGAUAAAGAUGAUCUUAGAGAUUCAGGCAAGCUAUAUUCCAUAAUGAAGCUCCACAUAACUAAAGAAGCGCUUAAGAUAAUCCGUUCUAGGUUUAGGGAGAAACAGUUUGCCUUCAGAAUCUCCGAGACUAUAGUGACUACUCUAGUUACAAACAAAUCUUUUAGAUACAUAGGUGUUAAAUUGUUCGUGACUAAGCUAAGGUGAUGCCAAUGUAAGGCGUAUAGCUAAUUUUAUUAAAUUUCUACUCGUUUUUUUUAAACCCAAAAGGUGCGGAUACGUAUGAUUCUGAAGACGAGAAUGACAAUAUGUUCCCUCAAACGUUCCCAACAAAAGGCAACCUGGAUUUCUCAUUGAAAAGAUCGUUCGUGCUAUUUGAAGAAGUGUUUUCUAAACCAGGGGUAUGGGACCAGUUUGUACCAGUGUAUGUUGAGCUACUUCAAAGGAAUGGAGGGGAGAGUACAGUUCGAAAAUUCUUGGAGGAAUAUAGAGAAAUGAAUCCGUUAAACCCGAAUUCUCACAGGUGGUGUAUAGCUGGCUUUCAUUGAGCAGUAUCGUGCAGCAGAUGCUGGUCAAUCUGCAGUUAUCAGAGCGAGAAAAUCAUGUUAGUUCUUUGUAAAUUUUCGUUUUAGGUAUUUGUACCAUUAUCUGAAGACAAAGUCAGCAACUGAUGAGGAAACGAUGAAAGUUUUAGAAGAUUUAAUAAAACUUGAUCCAACGAGCGAAUAUGUGGAGGACCUCGUUAAACUCAAGGCAAAAUCUGGUAGAAAUAUUUCGUUGAUGGUUAAUUAACCAGGUGUAAUAAUAUCGAUCGAUUAAUAUCGGUUAUUAAACUUCUUACAGUAUAAGAUGUAAUUUAUGCGUCAUUUUCUCCCUCCUACAAUCUUGGACAAAACCCUUGAGAGCGUUCCAGCCAAUAUUGCAAAGAAUGCACAUCAGUGACAAAACAAACUUUGUCACCCCCUCUCCCUCAGUGCAAUGUUGUAAACAACGCCGAAACAAGUUUUGGUAAUUUACCAUGACGGAAGUUCAACGUUGAGUUGGAGGAGCGGGGGCUUAAGAAGGGCAACAUGAUUCAACAUGGAGUUUAUCAAAAGGGGUAUGAUGUCGUAGACGACGAAAGCUAAGAUGAUGAUGCCGUAGACGACGAAAGCUAAGACCCUUUUUAUAUAUUUUUAUAUUUUUAUAGUUUUUAUAUUAACAUUUGCCGCCUAAGUUAGGCUUUACUUUCGACAGUAGCUUUUGGCCUCACUCGAUCGAAAACACAUACUGAAGGAGUUAGGAGUGAAGGGUAACUUUGUACGUUUAAAGGGAAGGUAAUCUCAACCAGUUAUGUCCAAGACUGUAGCACGAAACAAUUUGUUUCGUGAAAUGAAAGUGUUGAAUGUGAACAUACUAUAGCUUCUUUCUUUCUCAGGAGACAACGUCGUGAGAAUGCUCUUUGAGAAACUUGAUCAUUCAGCAUGCAUGUAUGAUGAAAAGACCUGGACUCAACUGAACUCAUUCGUAGAUACUGGAUGCAUCAUUGAACAGGAUUUGAAACACGAACUACAGUUAUGUUGGAAAGAGCGAAAGAGUUGGUGGCCAAAAUACCACUUUAGGCUGAGAAGACAUUUUAAAUUUUCUGAUGAAUUGAAAACGGUUAUGUUGUGUAAGGCAAGAGUCGCAGAGUAUUUCUUAGGAAAAGGUGAGAAACGUUGGACCUCUAGGGAGAACAGUUUAUAGAACUGAUAUCUCGGUCAUCUAUAGUAUAAAUAAAGUUAGUUUACGUACUCCUAUCUAUUUUAGGGAAUGAUUUCAGCAAAGAAGUUUAUAGCAAAUAUGGAAUUAGCAAAAGUGAUGAAUGGAAUGAAAAGGCCGUGAUAAAAGGGCCGUCUGAUAAAAGGACGCCAUUAAAAAGACGUAGAAAGGCAAGCAAUAGCGAUACAGAAAGUGAACGAACGAAAAGAAAGCGAUAA